UCUCGCGCUGCCGGGUGAACCUCACGCCCUUCAGUGCCCGUCUGCAACAGUGACACGUGUGUGUGAUGCCCCCGCGGCCAGAGAGCCCAGCCAUGGAAUCUGUUUGUGGGCGUGAGCCGUCUGUGUCGCCGCCCACGGUUGUGGCGCCCGUGGCCGUCAAACCUGCUCUUAGUGACGCCCACGCGGUGGCGGCGCCCACGGACCAGCAGCGCCUGCUGUACCAGCUCGCUCUCGCCGAGCGCCUCCGCCUGGCCUCCGCCGGCCUGGCCUGGGCGCGGCCUCCGCUCACCGCCCACCACCCUCACCUGCAGGACACGGGCGUGGGCGGCAUGAUCAGCAACAACUUCAUGGGCAGCCUGGGCAUGCCCGUGAUCGGCGGCCUGGGCUCGGUGGCCUUCGGCGGGCCGGUGGUCAGCGGCGCCGCCGGCCAGCUGCCGCCCUACGCCUCCCCCCACCCGCUCUACGGCUACCGCCUGGUGGACCCGCGCAUGCUGCUGCCGCGCGGCCCCGAGGAGCCGAAGCCGCAGCACUCGUACAUCGGCCUCAUCGCCAUGGCCAUCCUCAGCUCGCCCGACAAGAAGCUCGUCCUCAGCGACAUCUACCAGUACAUCCUCGACCACUAUCCCUACUUCCGGUCCCGGGGAACGGGCUGGAGGAACUCCAUCCGCCACAACCUGUCCCUCAACGACUGCUUCGUCAAGGCGGGCCGCUCGGCCAACGGCAAGGGCCACUACUGGGCCAUCCACCCCGCCAACAUCGACGACUUCCGGCGCGGCGACUUCCGCCGCCGCCGCGCCCAGCGCCGCGUCAGGAAGCACCUCGGCCUCGCCGUCGACGACGACUCCGAGCCCGAGGCCGUGUCGCCCCCGCCCCCCCACGGCCCCACCCCCGACGGGCUGCCCCCCUCCGCCAGCCCCCGCGCCCCGGCCACCGACGUGCCGCUCACACGCCCCAAGCGACAGUUCGACGUGCUGAGCCUGCUGGCGCCCGACCGCCCGCGACCCCUGCCGCCGCCCGACGCCCACCACGAUGACCCCCUGAUGGAUUCCGCCCACGAGCGUCACCUGGAGAUGCCGGACGACCGCCUGCCGCUCGGCGAGGGCCUCCGUCUGAAGGCGGCCGAGGAGACCCCUCUGGCGCAGGUGGAGGCUCAGGGGCACUUCCUCCGCGCCGCCGCCCAAUGCCUGCGCCUGCCCGAGGGCCCGCCGCGCCCCGGACGCCCUCUGGACGAAGGCCACGUGCCGAGCCUCCUGGAUAACGACGGCCUCAAGGCCAGGCCCGUCGAGGACCCUUUCCUGCAGGACGACGAGGUGCUCACGGCCUCCGAGGAGCACCGCCUGCAGGAGGAGGAGAACCAAGGCGCCGUCCCCGUCUGCGUCGUCCGCCACGUCGACUCCCCCUCGUCGGAGCAGGGGGGGAGAGCCGCGGGCGCCCCCCUCGCCCGCGUGGCUGCAGAGCGAGCCGUGGGCGCAGGCGACGUCUCACGCCGCCCUCCCGACGCUCUUCAAGAUCACCAGCCACGCCGCCGCCGCCGCCGCCGACGUGCUCCCCUCCAGGCAACCGCAGCCCUUCCUCCCAGCCUCCUCCGCCGCCCACCUCUCAUCUCUCGCCCACGCGGACACCCCCAUAUCCAUCCAGACUAACAUAGUAAAGCACGCCCACACCAACACUGUCCCAUCACACGCCCACACCUGCGCCCGCGUGGCCUUGCCCUCCUCGCUGGAAUCAGACCCCUGAGUUAUCCAACAGACUUCACCCUGUAUAAAGAUAUUUUUAUGUAAUAUGUAUCACCUGUAUCUCGA